AGCAGUCAGUUCACUGUACGGAAGAGUAGUGGUUUUGAGGAAUUGAUGAGCAUCGAUCUUCCGGCGGUUGGCGCUCGAUCAGUCUUUGGCAGCUGGUGCGUGUGUUCUGGUGUCUGCGCUCUUUUCCUGUCGCGUCGCGUCAUUGUGCAGUGAUUGGCCAUCAUUAUGGGGCGGCAACGAGUGAGUUUGAUAACGGGGAGUGCCAUCCACUACCGGACACACCUGCUCCGUGACGUGUACAACUAGGGUUCAAACAGUAGUCCAAGACCAAGGCCCUCUUCUAUUCGCUUCAGCUCGUGUUUGGUGACCGGGAAUGUGGCGAAUUAUGCGGAUUAUUUAGUGAUUCUAGUGUUGGCUGGCAGCGUGCUACGGGUGUGUUGCGGAGCCCCGGGGCUUACCCGAUAAGACCCACUGAGCAAACAGUGACAGAAGACGGGCUUUGCUAGCCCCCUUUUCGUGUGCAAGUGAAGUUGAUUGAAAAGGGAUUACGAUUACGACGUUGAACGUUUUGACAUCGACCCGUGGGAACUCGCCCUGUGCGCCAGAUGAAGAAGCGAUCCGCGUUUGUGAAUCCGUGAUCAAGUGAGAGAUAUCGUCGGUCCAGCUAUUCGUGUGCUCUUGAUGCUCUCGGAGUGAGCAAUGGAAAGGAAGGUGGUGUCAUGGCAGGAAAGGUAAAAAUCAAAUCCCGUCCCAUUGGCUCCAACGGUCACGGUAAUCUAGUGCGCGUCCAGUGAAACGAUAGGAAUGCCAUCGUUCCCCCAUUACUAUUAAUACGUGCGCCAGGAACGUUUCAUAAAGUGCCAACGGCGAACGGUGGACCGUGCACAUCCGCGAACAAUUACCAUUCCACCAUCGAGUCCAUUAGCUAAGCACCGGUUUCCUGCGGAAUGGGUAAAGCAUAAUGACCACCGGACCACCGGUUACUCUGCGCACGUUGCACGCAGAAUCGUCGGUCUGUAUUUGCAGGAUCUAACCUCAUUUGUGCCCUCGGAUUGGAAAGGGGCGGAUGGCGAAUCAAUUAAAAGAGUGAUUGUGCCCCCUGGCAACGGUUCCGUGUGGUUACUCGUAUCCGAGUCCGUUAAAUUAGGUCCUGAUGCUUCAGAUGUGUAGAAGAACUGGUGCUGCGCUCACCAGUUCACGGAUACGGACCGGUGUGUACGAAUGUAACGUGGAAUUCACUCGGCAGCAGCUAAUGCACACCAUUCGAUCGACGUACAUCAACGCUCAUGACGCUCUGGCUGGCUGCUUAUUGUUUUCGGAUCAUUGAGACACCACUCAACGCACGCGAGCCGAGCACUCAAGCCAAGAGUCCAGCAGCGGUAGUCAUGCCCCACGGUAACGAUGUCCAAAUGUCGAUGCGAGCAGCCUAAUUGGUUAGCCGGCAAACAUCCGGCUCGAUGCCACUUCAGCGCGCAACACUCGGGCACGGGUGUAUAUAACUCUUCUGUGUUCUCAAACCAAUUUACUGACCAGUCCACUGGCCAGUGACGUAAUCCUCGCACGCAACGAUCACUGCCCGCAACUUACGGCAAACACUUGGCCAGGACUGCGGACGCUCGACAACGGACAACGUGCUGGCCAAGAGGUUGCUGCUGGUGAGCUGCUAUCUGCGCAUCACUCGAGGAUCGAGUGCUGGUGCUGCUAGUAAGCAGCAAUAAGCGACCUGCGGGAAAGGCCAGUACAACCGCGGACCAGGCCUGUGGCAUGGUGAAGGCGCAGAUAAAGAACUACGAUGAUUACGAGAGAAUCCGAUACUUUUACUACGUCCGGCCACAGCAGCGGGUGGACUGGUGGUUCGAUCCGAUGGCACCCCCGACCACCACCUCCGACUCCGUCACGACGCUGAGCGCCAGCGAGGAGGCGACGCUGCUGCUCUACGACAUCUUCAUUCCGCUGCUCGGUUCCGUCAUUAUCCUGCUCAACCUGAUCGUUGUCGUGUCCUGCGUUUUGCUGCUACGCAAAGGCCAGCAACCCUACACGACCUACAUGUUCCUCGGCAACGUGGCCGUUUCGGACCUGCUGACGGGCUUUGCGGUAAUCUACGGCCAGUACGCACCGUACGAGCUACGCGGCGAGGACAACUGUGCGCUGAUGAUAGGUCUAAUUGUGUCAGCAUCGCUAGUGUCGGUGUACAGUGUCGGUUUGAUAGCGCUCGAUCGCUAUCUCUACAUCGUGUACGGCCUUCAGUAUCAACGCUAUCUGACUCGCACCCGGGCCCGUCUGCUAAUCACCACUACCUGGCUUAUCGGUGCGGUCAUUGGGUUUCUGCCGGCCUUCGGAUGGCGGGGCGACACCGACCAGGGUCGUACGUGUUGGUUCAUCCGCCUCGCCCCACCACCACUCGUCAUCCUGACCUCAGUGGCCGGCUUCCUACCGGUACUCCUCGUCAUCAUCCUGUACAGCAUCAUCUUAAGGAAGGCGCUGCGACGUGUGAGUCAACUGAAGAAAGCUUCCCGAGAACUCCGUGGCGUACAGACCGGCAAUCUGAGGUUAUUCCGUGGUGGUGGUGGUGCAUCAGCAGCAGCAACAACUACCGGCAGCUUGAGUGUCAUUCCAACAACUGCAACGACUGGGACGACUGGGACGACACCACGCCCCACUGCAAGUCACUCCGACAACGAGCAAGGCGCGAGCGAAGAUGAACGGUUACGUCCGGCGGAACGUGCCGGUCUCGGGUGUCUGUGCUUCCGUUGGCCACGCUGCGGUUGUUCCUGUGGUUCACGUCGUGGCGCCAAACGAUCUAAAUCCGCGUUGAACGAAGCGAACGACGAGGGUAACAACGGACAGCCGCCAGUGGCCACGACAACGGCGACGCGAAGCAGCAGCAGCAGCAUCCGGGGUCCCACCAAGUGGAAGGCGGUGAAGGUGGUGAUGUUCACGACGGGCAGCUUCGUCGUGACCUGGGUGCCGUACUUCAUCGCGAGCAUCAUGUUCGUGGCGUGCGAUCCCGUUACACAGGAGGAACUGUGCCGGGGGCUUCAGUUUGCUAUCGCGAGCCCGCUCGCUAUCCUCGGCUUUGCCAACAGUCUCCUUAACCCGAUCGUCUACGCCUGGUGGCACAAUGGGUUCCGUGAGUCGAUGAAAAAGCUCGGCGGUCGGUUGAGCGAACGGUUAUGCUGUGGCUGUGGGGAGAAGGAGGACGGCACGAGGAUCGGUUGCUGCGGUGGACGCUGUUGUCGUGAAUCAUCGCGUAACGCCACCCGUACUGCUGCUGCUGCUGCUGCCGCUGGUGCUGCGGCUUCCAUCUCGAUGGCAACCACGGAUACAUCGGUGAACCGGAUCAGCAUCACUGAUGCUGCAGCAACUACUGGCAUCGAGCGGCCACUGUCGUCGGAGACGCGCCAGAUACCGGCGGCAACCGGCAACGUGACUAACGGUCGUGCGUUACAGAACGGCAGGCGCCAGCGAGCGACGGUACCGAGCAGUAGCAGCGACGACCAAGAGUUCUCUGUCACCGACGAUACCGACCUGGAGCAACCGGUCGUGGCGAAGGUGACGCGGCUUUAACGCCCUCGAGGGACCGCCGCCGCCGUAGAACUGCUCGAAUCGUGCGCCCGAAAGGGCUUUUAAUCAAGCGACCAACUGUACCGGCCACAACUCGUCUCGCCUUGGGCUCUCGAUCGAUUAACGGACGAAAUGUAGCGGAUCAGAAACCGGCGUGGACGCUGGUGGAUGGAUCACGGUGCCAGGAUGGAGCGGUUUUUCGAAUUACAUUACUCGGUGGAAGCCAUUUCGAAGGCUGGCAAUGUAGCGGAGGCAUUUGGUUAGGUGGGGAGACGAUGCUGAAGCGAAUAGUGAUUUCUGGCAGAUCGAGCGAGAGCGACGACAGUCUGGUACGGCUUUGCGUUCCCAAGUAAUGACAUUUCGAGAGCACACGGGACUCUCUAGGCAGGCUUUCCAAGCCAGAGACCGGGAAGGACUGAGUUUAAUGGCAAAACGCAGAACUUAACCUUGCGUUCGGUGCUAUCGGACGGAGAAGCACAGAACACUUGGAACGAGAAUUUGCUGCUCGAAAGUUGCUCUCGAAUUCUUGUAAAGUUAAAUGGACCAUCUACGAACUCUCUGGUGCCGGCCAUGAUGAGCAGAAGUCUUUUUUUUUGUAGUUUUUAGUCUUUAGUGUUCGUUCAUUACUGGGCGUGCUUGAUAUGAUUAAAGCGUAUGACAGCAAAGUUUUAUCGAAUAAGCAGAGCAAGCGGUGUUACUUCAGUGCGAAGAAGCAGUCGAAGUAGAGUAGCGAAACGUUCGUUUAGUGUUUCAGUAUGUAAAUUGAAAAACUUAUGUAAAUAUAAAAAUUAGCAAUUCAUGUUUCGCGACAAGUGAAAGCUCGAACACCCUACCGGAACAUAUGCUAAACGUAAUUCGAUAAAAAAAAAACGUCUCGAAAAAGCAAAGUACCGGGCGCCUCCAUCACAACGGUGGCACAUGUUUAGCGAGAACUGGCCAGCAAUCUCGGUAAGUUGGGAAACAUUGCAUCGCUUAUCGGUCUACGUUCACCCUGGGGUGUAUGGAACAUAUCAUUUGCAUGCUACUGCAAUUCACAAUUACACAACCUCCCGGGGUGCCACGGCGCACUUUUCUCGGCUCGGCACAUUAACCGUAUUAAACCGACGUUCGCCGACGUAAUUGCGUUCAUAAUGCACACCACAUCACGGGAGUGCUGGGAAUGGUUUGCCCGAGAUGCUCGGAUGCAUUGGCCGUGAAUGCGUGGAUGGAGCUGCCUUUUGUGGAUCAUUCCAAUUACGAAGUAAAUUAAUUACUACCCCCUUCCGAGCAAUGCAGCCCCAUCAAAUGGAACAGCGACUCGGUAUUGUAUGUCGAGAUGUGGGUUGCUUCGUGCGCAGUUCCCUGUUAGCUAUUGCAAUGGUACGUUCAGUGCACCAGCAUGAGUAUGAUACGCGAAACCCCAUUAACAUGUGCAUUACAAGAAGCGCAAUUAUGUUCUUACGUCAAUAAGAAGGGAAAACGGAGAGUAAUAAAAAACAGAUAAUUUAGUUACAUCUUACUUCGAAGGAUUGAGUACCAUCGCGAAGAAAGAACGACGCUUCGAAAGAAAAGAAACAAUUUCCUUGUCUAGUUCUCAACUCGCUGUUGCUACCUUUAAAGACUGGAGAUACUUUG